GAGAAACCCAAAAACAUUCCGGUUAACUGGCCAUUUCUGUAAACAACAGGUAUUAUUCUUCAUCUCCUCAAUGGCUUGGCGGCAACCCGACUGGCUUUUCUCUCUCUAACGAUGAUCAUAACUAAUGUAGACAGUAGACCAUUAAAUUUAAAACCACCUUUGCCAUAAAGAUGAUCAGCAGACAUGGAUUUAGACUACUGAGAAGCUUCCAUUCUCUCUUCAGCCCAUCAACUGAUCACCAACACCCGCUUCUUGCUUCCUGUAAACACCUCAAUUCUCUCCUUCAAGUUCAUGCUCACUUCAUUACCUCAGGCCUCGAGAUCACUUGCAGCACCAAAUCGCACCUCAUAAACCUCUAUGCUUCAUUCGGAAGAUGCGAUUUGUCGCGGUUAAUUUUCGACUCUGUGCAAAAUGCUCCCGGGAUUUUAUGGAAUUCGAUGCUCAGAGCAUACAACACAACCAACCAGUAUCCAGAAGCUAUCCAGCUGUUCGAUUUAAUGAUGGAGAGGGGAUUUCAGCCAGACAAGUAUACGUUCACAUUUGCGCUGAAAGCUUGCACUGAGAUGCUGGAUUUGGAAAGGGGACUUCGUAUUCAUAAUGAUAUAUCUAGGAGGAAUCUUGAAUGUGAUGUUUUUAUUGGAACUGGACUUGUUACACUCUAUUGCAAAACGAGCGAUUUAAAGAGUGCCAGGAAAGUGUUCGAUGAAAUGCCCAAAAAGGAUGUUGUUGCUUGGAAUGCAAUGAUUUCAGGGCUUUCUCAUAGUUCAGAGCACUCCCAUGCGUUAGAUCUUUUCAGGUACAUGCAGUUUAGUUGUAGAGUUGAGCCCAAUUCGGUGAGCUUAUUGAACUUGUUUCCAGCAAUUUGCAAGUUAAAGGAUAUGAAGAUUUGCAAGCCCAUCCAUGCAUUUGCUUAUAGGAGGGAAUGUCCCAUUUCUGUCUAUAAUGGGUUAAUUGAUACAUACUCAAAAUGCGGAUACUCCAGUGUAGCUCAUCAAAUUUUUAUUCAGAUGAGAGUGAAAGAUGAUGUUUCAUGGGGUACAAUACUUUCUGGUCAUGCAUAUACUGGAAACUUUCAUGAAGUUCUAAACUUGUUUGGUUACAUGCAAACAGAAAAUGUGAAAAUCAACAAGGUAUCUGCUGUAAGUGCGCUAUUAGGAGCGGGUGAGGUGCAGGAUCUUGAUAAAGGUAAGGAGAUUCAUGAUUACAUAAUCCAAGAGAGGAUGGAUUCAGACGUUAUGGUUGCAACUUCUCUUAUGACGAUGUAUGCAAAGUGUGGAGAAUUGGAGAAGACUAAAGAAUUGUUUGGGGAGAUACACGAAAGGGAUUUAAUUGCAUGGUCUGCGGUCAUAUCGGCAUUUGCCCAGUCCGGACAUCCAAAUGAAGCACUCUCAGUGUUCCGAGACAUGCAACAUGAGAACUUACCUCCCAAUAAUGUGACCCUAGUAAGCGUUCUACCCGCUUGCGGCGAACUAAUGUCCAAAUUAACAGGUAAAUCCAUUCAUUGCUAUGCAGUUAAAACAGAUACUGAUUAUGAUCUUUCAACCGGAACUGCUUUGGUAUCCAUGUAUGCCAAGUGUCUUUUAUUUCCUUAUGCUCUUGGUGUCUUUAGUAAGAUGCCAUAUAAAGAGGUGGUGACAUGGAACGCUUUGAUAAAUGGAUACUCACAGGCCGGUAGGUCCCACGAUGCACUUGAGAUGUUUUCGAUGAUGAGGAUAUCCAGGCUACAACCAGAUCCUGGAACCAUGGUGGGCGUCCUCCCUGCUUGCACUGUUCUGGGUGACAUCCAUCACGGAACUUGCAUCCACGGUCAAGUUAUCAAAUACGGGCAUGGGUCGGACCGCCAUGUGGCGAACGCUCUCAUUGACUUCUAUUCCAAAUGUGGGGAACUCCCAUCUUCUGAAUUCCUGUUUAACAAUUCCUCUUUCCAUAAAGACGAAAUCUCAUGGAAUACCAUGAUUACUGGGUAUGUUCAGAAUGAAUGUGCCAAGAAAGCAAUAUCUACCUUCUCUGACAUGAUGAGACUAUCGCCUUUCCAGCCUAACAAUGUCACCAUUGCUACCAUCUUGCCAGCUGUUUCGUCUCUCACAUUGCUAAAAGAAGGAAUGGGGAUACACACGUACAUUAUCAAGAAAGGGUUUUUAUCCAAUACCCUUAUCAUAAAUAGCAUGAUCGACAUGUACGGAAAAUGUGGGCAACUCGACAUGUCUGUCCUGUUAUUCAACGAGAUGAAGAAUCGGGACACAGUUUCUUGGAACGUGAUGCUUGCCGCGUGUUCCGUGAACGGAAGCGCCAAAUUAGCUCUCUCGGUCUUCUCGUGCAUGGAAGAGGAGAAUGAGAUACAGAUCGAUUCUCUUUCCUUCAUUAGUAUAUUGUCUGUGUGCAGGCACGCAGGCAUGGUAGAGGAAGGCAAGAACAUGUUCUGGAACGUUAUGCAGAAGAAAUACCAACUCAGCCCAUGUGUGCAGCACUACGCGUGCAUGGUAGACUUGCUGGGCCGUGCCGGGUUAUUUGAUGAGACCAUGGAUUUGAUUAACAACAAAAUGCCUAUGGAACCCGACGGUGCUGUUUGGGGAGCGCUGCUUGGUGCAGCUAGAAUGCAUUUUAACGUUGAGUUAGCCGAGGUGGCAUUAAAGAAUCUCAUGAAUCUUGAAGCAGGAAAUCCGGCUCAUUAUGUGGAGCUGUCGAACAUAUACUCACAAUCAGGCAGGUGGGUUGAUGCGGGGAAAGCAAGAGGUAGGAUGCAUUUCACUGGGUUGAAAAAGACUCCUGGGUGUAGUUGGGUGGAAGAAGGGAUGAUGAGUUGCUGUUAAGUGCAACUGUGAAAGAUGUAUAUGGCAUGCGGACUUCUGGAAGAAGAAGACAGAUAAGGUUUCUUCGGGUUUGGCCAGGGGAUUCUGAUUUGAAGGUAAAACACGCAGGUACAGUCAUAUACCAGUUUAUAAGACUUCAUAGUAUAUGUUCGAAUGGUGAAUUUGAACUUAUAGUACAAAGCCAUCUUUAGCUCCAAGUCUGUCUCUGAUCAGCCUCCGAGCAGCUCGGCCAAAAUUAAUCCCAGGAAAAGAAAAACUAGCUCAGGGAGAAAAUCCGAGGAAGAUGGCAAGGCACGAAUUGAAGGGGUCCAAGCGGUUAUUCAAAUGCAAAACCAUCUAAACAAACAGAGGUGUCUAGGAGUGGCUACAAUGAUAAUAUGGUGUUCAAGCAGCAGUUGAACUGAAUGGGAAUAAUAGUCAGAAGAGUAAAGAUAAUGUAGGAAAUGGUGGAGAGGUUUUAAGGAGUCAUAUAUGACUUCCCUAUGGAGUCAUAUGGCUUAGGUGGGCGUCACCAUCACCACACAUUUUUUAGUGGGGUUCUCCACUAAAAAAUGUAUUGUGAUGAAUCUGUUGGUGAUGCCACAUAGGGUAUAUGACUCCAUGGAAGGAGUCAUGUAUGGCUCUUUAAAAUUUUUGGGAAAUGGUGAGCCAAAUCAGAAGCUUUCUGAGAAAUCAAAGGACUAUAUUCAUGUUAGAGCAAGAGGGGGGCAAGCUACAUACUGAUAGCCAUAGUCUUGCAGAAAGAGGAAUCCAAAAACACUUUGUGUCUCUUGCUGGAAACAAAGGAAAUCUGUAAGGUAACAGGGUGCCUUAAUUUUACUAGGUACAGACUUGGGCUAUUGAUGUUCCAAUCCAUCACAUGGUUCAACGUUUUGGCAUCUUCUUCAACAAGUGGCUAGAAGUUCUGUACCAUUGGUUGUGUUUAAACCCAAACUUUAAUUUGAAGAAGUUACCAAAUGGUUUUUAGGCUGGAAGGAAAUCUGACCUCCUGAAGUUUUUGCGAAUAAACAUAUACGGGAUAGGAUCAAUGUUGCUCUGGGUAUGAUGAACCAGGCAGCUGAAGGUUUGGAAGUGAUACAGCCAAGUUUAAGAGAGCUUAUAAGUUAUCUCAGAGUGCUGGAACAAAGGCAGUUUGAGGAUAAAUGGUCUCCGAUGUCUCUUGAAGUCUUGAACAACUUUUGGAGUUAAAAUGCUGUGUUUACACAUGUUAUUUAUAUAUAUAUUACGCUUUUCUUUGUAAACUCAUUUUUGAAUUGAUAUCAGAAUAUCAAAAGCUUAUCUUUACUUUCUUUGUAAGCACACAAGGAACUACGUAUACGUUUCUCGGUUUAUGUUAUUUUAUCGAUAGUGCGGUUGUCCCUUAUGAUAUGG